AGGAGGGGGACAGGUGGGGCAGCAUGACAGGUGGCUGAGAAGCCAGGUGGACAGUGGGAGAGUUGACUGGCGGGGUGGCCAGUGGAUGACAGGACAGGCAGGUGGUGGACAGACAGAUAGCAGAGGCAGACAGGCUGGAACUGUGACAGCUACAUGGAGGCCCCAGCAAGCAGGGGGACAAGGACCUGGAGGUGGCUCACCCUGGGCUCCAGCAUCCUGUUGCUCCUGUGUGUUUCUGGGCUCAGCCAACCGGCCACAGAGAAGAUCAUUAAAGGCAAGGAGUGUGCCCGUCACUCACAGCCUUGGCAAGUAGGGCUGUUUGAGGGCACCAGUCUGCGUUGUGGGGGGGUCCUCACUGGCCGCAGAUGGGUCCUCACAGCUGCUCACUGCAGUGGCAGCAGGUACUGGGUGCGCCUGGGGGAGCACAGUCUUAGCCGUCUGGACUGGACGGAGCAGAUCCGACGCAGCAGCUUCUCCGUGACCCACCCCGGCUACCAGAGAGCCAGGCACAGCCAUGACAAUGACCUCCGGCUCCUGCGACUGGGCACACCCGUCCGCUUGACCCGCAGCGUCCAGCUCCUGCCCCUGCCCACCACCUGUGCAGCGGCUGGCACCAAGUGCCACAUCUCAGGCUGGGGCAUCACCAAUCAGCCAGGGAAACCAUUCCCGGACCUGCUCCAAUGCCUCAAUGUCUCCAUCGUUUCCAGCGCUGCCUGCCAGGCUCUGUUCCCCGGGAAAAUCACGGACAACAUGGUGUGUGCCAGCGGCGCUGAUGGGGCGGAUGCCUGCCAGAGUGACUCUGGUGGCCCUCUGGUCUGUGACGAGACCCUGCAGGGCAUCCUUUCAUGGGGCAUUUACCCCUGCGGCUCUGCUCAGCAUCCAGCUGUCUACACUCAAAUCUGCAAGUACACCUCCUGGAUAGAGAAAACCCUGCGCUCCAACUGA